AUGGUGGGUCGACGAGUCGAACAAUCACGCCUUAGCGUUGCAGUUGCCCUUGUGAUGGUCGUGCUGUGCUUUUGGCUUCCGGCAACGAAUCGGUAUCAAGCUCUCGCAAUUCCAGCUUCGAACAAAAAAGACGCUAUCAGAACAGAACUGGGCCUCAUGACGGUGGUGAAACUGAAGGAGAAGCUGCGGAAGCGAGGUUUAAUUCUGUCUGGGAAAAAAAGCGCUCUUGUGGAGCGGCUGAUGACAUCAAUGCUAACGGAGAUUUCAAGCACGGCGGCUGGCAAGCGCAAACUUCCUGGAGCAGAUCCAGCAGACUGCGCCACAGAUGUGUUCAUCCCGUUGGAUGGAACCGUUCAAAUUCUGGAGCAAACAUUGGAAGACAAAAGAGUGGUUUUCUUACGUGCUGGUGUGGCAAGCGGCAAGUCUACGUUGGCACAAUAUCUUUGUACGAAGCAACCUAACAAGUAUUUGCAAGUCCAUGCCCCCUUGCAUACGGAUCUAACUUUUGAGAACUGGUUGAGAGAGUUUAGAAAAGCCGUGGGGGCAGAGGACAUCAUGGAGGCGAUCAAAAGCAUUUACGAGCAGGAUCAAGUGCUUGUUUUUGAUGAAUGCCAUUUGCUUUUUGCUUGCCCGAAGUUCUACGAGAUGCUAACCAAAACGCCCACUUAUCUGAAACAGCGCCUGAUGGUAUUGCUGUUGUCUGCAGCGUCAGAAGCAGAAACUGUGCAGGGACAAAUUCGUUUAACGCCGGGCGAAAUUACUGACAAGUUCAUGUGGACGCCCCCAAUGCCAAAUGCCAGCGUGCUUGCCAGCGAACUUUCUGAGGCUGGUGUUCGUUUGACAAAGGAUGCCAUCAAGUUUUUCUUCCAAAUAUGUGGAGGCCACAGAGGUAUUUUUAUGAGAGCCAUGGCGUGGGUACUGGAGAAGCAGAGGCAGCAGAGAGGCGCCUGUGCGCAGUGGACAGUCGAACAAGCUUACGGCGAAGUCAAGCUGGCAUGGGCAGAUGAAGAUUGGAGUAUCCCCAACAGCUUUCUGGGAUGGCUGGCAGGAACUCGUGCAAUCCGCGUCAACGGACAUUAUGCAAAUCUAGCGAAUAUCCCCCAACAGAUGCUCGAGAUUUUAUGCAGUGGUGCUACCAGCAAUUUAGAUCCAGAACUGCGUCGCAAUCUCACAGUCCAUGGUUUCCUACUGCCAGUUGCUGAAAGCAAUGCCGACGAGUUCGUGCAAUAUGACUGGAGUGCGGCAGGAGCCAGAUAUGGCGUUUCCACUCACUUGUUGGCUUCUUAUUAUCGCUGCGUGUUGAAGAAGACGCGAAAUCUGGAAGUGGACGUAAGCCUGGAGGUGUCGUCAGGCACCGAUCUGUUGUUGAGAGCGCUGCCAUACCUGCAUUUUGCACAAGUGGUUGGCGGUGUCAUCCUGCAAGAUUCACAAGUGCAGAGUAUUUUUUCGAAGCGAGGGGCUCCUUUUGAAGUGCAUUACACCACUGCCAUCAAUCAGAUACUGCAACGCUUGGGUUUUUCAGCAGGGUCUGUAGAGGACGGGAAUGAAGGGAAGGUCGAUGUUUAUGUUGUGCUGGCGGACCGCGCAACGAUUGCGUUGGAAGCGGUCAUGGUUUCUCGUUCCCCGAAAGAGGUUGAUAGCCGCCGCGGGCGUUUUGACAACGCAUCCUUAAAGAAUUAUCACAAUGCCACUCGAAAGUGCCUGGUGAUUAUUGGCGGUUGGGAAGAAAGAGACGCUGUCAAAAGACGUGUGCAGAGCACACGAGGCGGUAUUGAGAUUGUUGGACUUGCAGCUAAUGGAGCCCACACAGGCUACAACGUCUACAUCAAGCGUCAAGUUGACAACAACAUUGACACAGUUGUGGAUUUCUACAUCCCGUGUGAUGGAGUUGCCAGGAGCUUUGCCUUUAAGGAUGAAGAGCCAGUCUUUGAGAUCAGUUCCGCGCAGAAGCUGAAGUCCAUCAAUCCAGGCACGACCUCCUCAUCCGUCGUCUGGGUGCGGGAGCUGGCCCGGAACCAGGAUGGGACGAUCACCGCCAAGUCUCGUCAAGACCCUGAGGGCGAGGAUGAGCUCGAGCCGGCGUUCAAAGUGGAGUCCCCUCAGGACUACCCGCGCCUCAAUGAUGUGGACCACUUGAAGAAAGCCAUCAAGCAGACGAAGUCUAAUGCCUUACGAGACGUUGAUCAUGAUCAAAUCGACAUCUACCUGUACUCAAAAGAAGCUGGAGCGUGGCGACGCAUCAAAGACGAAUCGGAAGUCCUGCGUCGGGACACCACCAGGCUAGACUGCUACGGCUUUUUGCCGUGGCAGCGAACUUGA